UUAAUUUAAAAAAGCUCCUUUCCUCCCACCGCCUCUCCCCGAGCCGCUCCCCGCCGCCCCGGGGGCUCGGCCGCCCGCUCCCGGCUGCGGCUCCGGCGGCGGCCGGGGGAUGCGCAGAGGAGCGCGGCGGAGCGGGGGAGGGCCGGGCCGGGCCGGAGGAAUAAGGGCUCCGUCUUCUUCCCCCGGUCCCACCCCCGCCCGCUUCCUCCGCAUCUCCCUCCCCUCGGCCUCCCCUUCUCCUCCGCCCCCCCCUAAAAUCACUCCCCUCUUUCUCCUCCCCAUCUCCCGGUAUUGAUUUCCCCGCACGCGAAUCCCAGCGCAGCGCGGCGAGCCCGGGCACCGGCGGCUCCCUCGCUCGCUCCCGCCGUCUCCCCGCCGCCUUCUCGCCGAGACCGGCGCUCCAUGGAAGGGCAGCGGCGGCGGCCGGAGCGCCCGAAGUUUGCCCGGAGCGAGGUGCCGCGGGAAGCGGAGGUGGGGAGGGCUCGGCGGGGGGGAUGGGGGGCUCAGCCACCUGUCAAAGUUUUUAACUCCUUUUUACCCCCGUCUCAGCCUCUCGGGACGCCCCGACGGGUCCCGCCAGCCCCCCCACCCCCCACCUCCGCGCCCGGCACCACCCCCGGCCGAUGGAGCGGGGAGGGGGGUGCGCUUUAAAUGCCAGCCCCCCGGGUGGGAGAGGGCUGGCUCCGCCGCGAAGAGGCGGGAGGGCGACGGCCCCCGGCGGUCUCCGGCCAUGGGGGGAUGAGCGAUGGAGGGGCCGAGCCUGGCAGGAGCCCCGUGCUGCUGGCCGAGCCCGCAGCCACCGGGCGGGCCCGGGAGAAGGCGCCGACCCGGGCGGAGCUGGAGAGCGCUCUGCGCGGCGGAGGAGGCCGCGGCGGCUUCAAGGACAUCCCGGGAACGUCGGCGAUCAGCCCCGGCUCCUCCAAGGAGUGCGCCCCGGACAGCGAGAGCCCGUCGGGAGCCGGCGAAGCGGACUACUGCCGCCGCAUCCUGGUGCGAGAUGCCAAAGGGACGAUCCGGGAGAUCGUGCUCCCCAAGGGCCUGGACCUGGACCGGCCCAAGCGGACGCGGACGUCCUUCACGGCGGAGCAGCUCUACCGCCUGGAGCUGGAAUUCCAGCGCUGCCAGUACGUGGUGGGCAGGGAGAGGACGGAGCUAGCGCGGCAGCUCAACCUCUCCGAGACCCAGGUCAAGGUCUGGUUCCAGAACCGUCGCACCAAGCAGAAGAAAGACCAGAGCAGGGACUCUGAGAAACGCUCCACCGCCACCUCCGAGUCCUUCGCCACCUGCAACAUCCUCCGGCUGCUGGAGCAAGGCCGGCUUCUCUCCGUCCCGGCCCCCCCCAGCCUCCUCUCUCCCACCUCCAACCCCAUCGUCAGUCCUACGGGCAACGGAUCCAGCGUGGCCACCCCAGGAACCACCUCCCCUGGGCUCAGCGGUGGGAGCAGCCCCCCGGGGCCGGGAGUCUUCAGCCUGCAGGUCCCUUCUCUCGCCUCCUCCUCCUCUUCCUCCUCCUCGCCCAGGCUGCCAGCCGCCCCGCUGUGUUUUGGGGGGCCGCUCCUGGGCAGCCUGCACGACCUCCCGGGCGCUUACGGACUGGGCACUUCUGCUUUUGAGCCUUACACGCGGCUGGAAAGGAAAGACAAUUCUAUACCCAGCAAGAAGCCAAGUCCUUAAAUCAAAACGAGUGUGAAAAGAUCUCCCCCUCCCGCCCCCGUCCCCGCGGCCCCCACGCACUCCGUGCCCUACACCGGGGUUUGAUUUGGCAACUGGGAUGUGGAAGAGGGUUUGCUGCCCGCUGGGGUGCGUGUGUGCGAGUGUGCGCACAGGGGUGUGAGUGUGCUCCCCCUGGCCCCCACCCCAUGCACCGAUGCAGCUGUGGAUGGCACCCUGCAACUCCUCGCCCCAGGGCUGACACUGAACCCGGUUGUGCCUGGUGACAGGGUGUCCUGUGUCACCAGCACCGUCCCGUCCCUCGCUGACACCGCUGGAUCUGCCAAGGCCACGUUCCCCCCUCCAGGUAUCGCCCGUUCAGGGUUUGGAAGACGAUGCUGUGGUCUUGCUGUGCGGGCUGGGAGAGGAGCAGCUCUGAGGGGGGGAAGUUGGGGGGUUGCUGGACUGUCACCGUGGGGACGGCGGUGUUGGGGUCAUCACCAAAGCCCUGAGGACAAGGAGGACACCCCGAAAGAGAGAGCACAGGGGUCUCUGCCCGGCCCUGGUGUCCUUGGGCAAGCAUUGGCCCUCAGUUUCCCCACUUGCAAAGGGCUUUGUGUUGUGGCUGAGGUUGUCUUGGAGCAUCCUGGUGACUGUGGCAUCCAGGUCCCCUCUGCUGGUGGGAAGCAAUGCUCCCAUGGGACGCUUGUCCUUUGAGGGCAAGGGAGAUGUGGGUGGUGAUCUCUCCAGCCCCCUGCACCAGUGGUCCCUGUGCUCAGGAGCCAGGGGCCGCCCUGACUCAUAAGGCAUCCUCAAGCUCCUCCGUGCCUGCCCGUGCAGAGCCAAACCACCAUCCCAGACCCUGUUUGGUGCUGUCCCACCCUGUCAAACCCUUGGGGACACUGAAGUAGCCUUUGACCUCCUUGGGAUGCUGUCAUGAGCUUGAGGAUGCUCUGAGAUGGCAUCACCUUGGCCGAGUACUCUGUGGUGGCAUCGCUUGGCAGGAUGCUCUGCGGUGGCACCACCACGGCAGGGUACUCUCUGGUGGCAUCACCUUGGCAGGAUGCUCUGGUGGCAAAGCCCUGGCAGGACGCCCUGCAGGGACAUUGCUGUGGCAGGAGCCGGGUGAUGCCCUGAGCCCCCUCCCAGUGCUCAGGAGCUGCCAUGGGGCUCUUCCCCCCACCCUGUACACCCCCAAACCAAGGGGCUCCUGCAUCCUCCCGCUGUGGUUUAAUGUAUAAUAAGGACAAUUACCACUGAGCAACCCCCCAGCCUGGCCUGGGCUGAGCAUCGCUGCAUGGGCUGCAGACCCCUGCCCUGGCUGCUGCUUUGUGGGGACUGGUCCCUAAGGGGGGACACAGCCGCUAGCCCACGUGUUCACAGGGUUUUGCAGGGAAAUAUUUAAAAUAAACGAUUUUAUGAAAAGGUUUCGGUGAUUUUUUUAUUUUUCCUGUAAAUCAAGCGUUUCUAUGAAAUAGUAUUUAUUGAUCACCUCACAUCUGGAGCACUUUAUAGGAGCGAGUCCUCAGGUCUCGCGCUGCUCUGCGGAGCUCAGGAGGGGUCGGGACCCCCUGCUGCAGGUGGGGAAACUGAGGCAGGGUUUGCCUGGGAAAGCAGGGACAGAGUUUGGUUCACGGUGACGAGCUCCUCUCUCCCGGCCCAGCUCAGACCACAGCUUGCUGCCAACACCUCCGUACCUCUCCCUAAGUGUGGUAUUUGUCGGAUCCUCCAGGUGCCCUGGGGUGCUCAAACCCCAACACCCCAAUGACGUGUUUGACUGAGGUUUUGGAUUUUUGACAGGACAACGACUUUCUCCCUUCCCCUCGUCACUUAAUUUAUAUUUAUAUUGCCGUUCUUUAUCCUUUCCCGGUCUGCAAAUGUGGUAUUUAAAGCCAGCGAGCCGAGGCGGGCAGAGCGGGCAGUGGGGAAGCCGUGCCCACCCGGCUGUGCCGAGACAGGGGGAUCCUGCCUGCAAACCUCCCCCGGGACUGGUUUUGCUUUGCUUUUCCCUCUUUUCCCUGGGAGUGGCUGAACUGCGGGAAUUUCCCGAGGCUUCGGACCCCGGUUCCUCCCACCCUGGGCUCACUGGGAGGAACCUUGGUCUGGUUUGAUGGAGAAGUGACCCCUUUGCACCUUCACGGGUGAAGGAGGUUUUGGGGCAUUUCAGAGAAAGCAAGGUCCAACUGUAUUUUCAAAAGAGCCCCCAAAGCCUGGGAGUUUCGUGGGGUCCGUGGGGUGUUUGCCCAGCUCCGGGCAUCCUCAUGGGUCUCCUGCAUCCUCCUCUCACUGCUCAGCAGCCAGAAGGAGAUGUGGAAAGUGAGGCAGGGAGGCCACGGGCUGCCCUGCAACGAAACAGCAAGCCCUUUCCACAAAUUUAAACACAAAUUCUGCUUUCACAAAAGCCCCAAAGCUGCUGCUUCUCCAAAGUCUCUUCUCCCAAAGCAAAUGUCCGCAGUGAAGCUGUCCCGGUGGGGGGGUUUAGGAAGGUCCUGUGGGGGAGCCGGCUUGCCCCCAGCCCACCCAGCUCUGCUCGCCUUCAGCAGCUCCUCCUGACUUGUACAAUUGGAAAAAAGAAGUAAAAAAAGAAAAAAGUACUGGAUGUAAAUCUUUAAUGAAUAAUGUGGUUUCUUAUGGUUUCUAAUAGUUAAUAAAAGUUAUG